AAUUUCUGGUAGAGCCCUGAGCCUCCCCCCUACAAUCCCGUCAGCCCCAAUGCUCGCCUGGUGCGGGUUCUGCUGGCUGAAAAAAAAGAAGGGAAUUCUAGUUUCUGAUCGUUCUGUCAGUUUAGCACUGAGAUCGAGUCUUCGGUUUUAUGCGAGUGAGGUAAGACGUGAAACCGAGGACGGGGAAAUCACGGGAAGUGAUGAGUUAGAAGGCUAGCCAUUUCGAGACUGAUAGAGAUUUUAGAAAUAAAUCAUGAUCUUGUAAACCAGAGUGUAUUUGGAGAGAUUUAUGAUAUCAGAGUAAAUUUUAAAAACUUGA